GUUUGUCCGCAGCUCAGUGAAGGCGGGACGCGCUGCUGUUAGACAUCAGAAAUACUUCUAGAUAUAUUUAUAGAAGUACUUAUACAUGUAUUCACUGGUUGAUCCUAACACGUAGUAAGUACAGUUAACUCGCUUUAAUCGUUCGUUUUAUAUUUGUCUUUAUUACCCGGCUCAUUCAGCUAGGCUAACUUUGCUGAGUGGCUAACGCUCAGGUGAACGGAGAGGAUGCUGGAGUCCAUUAAAGUCACAGAAAGACUCCACUGGCCUGAAGUAGAAAUGUCCAAAAAGUACAUCCUGAACUCUGCCGACAAGGUGCUGAGUCCGAGCCAAGUGUACCUGGAGAAGAUUUCCUCCAGCGUCCUCAAAGACCUGUUCAGCAGCGGCGGCUACAACGCCCUGCUGCAGGCCGAGGAGCAGGAGAAGAAGAGUCCCAAGCGUUCUGUGUUCAAGAGGCCAAAAACAUCAGCGAGAUGCGGCGCCACAGUGACCCGAAGGAAAGGCCAAGGCAGCGCGGCUCCUAAGAAGAGUCGAGCUCCAGAGGCUGGCGGCAGACCUGCACAGACAAACCGUGUCCCCUCAGGAAACCUCUCCAAACCAGCUCGAAACAUCGCAGUAGUGGGCAGCACGAUGGGCCUGAACCCCCGUACUGUCCCCCAGCUCAGGAAGACCCCCAGCUCCCCCCGCACUAAACUCCCCUCGCUGCACAAAGCGGCCGCCACGCGGGAAGCGGAGAACGCCAAGAGGCUCUGCAUCCUCGCCGCCAUCAAGCCGUCUAACGUGGAGAAAGAGAAGGCCAAGUUCUUCAAGUCUGACUUCAACUAUAACCCCCAGUUUGAGUACAGCAACCCGGUCUGUCCUCUGGUCCUGGCCCGGCACAGCAACGCCUCGGACCGCUUCCUCACACAGGCGGUGCACAUCAUGGAGCUGGCUCUGCAGAGGUACGGCAGCUAUGAGAAGUUUGAGCAGGCCACCGGAGGAAACCUGCUGACCAAGAGCCGCGUCUGCCACACCGUCAAGAAGUACAUGGAGAAGGAGGGCUGCGUGGGGGAGAUCGUGGUGCAGGUGACGGACGACCUGCUCUCCAGAGCCUCCAUGACGGUGGUGAACAGCAGACCCACCCUCACCAUCAACAUCUGCAGCGCCAGAGAGCACUGGCUGGAGGGGAUGCUGCGCCACGAGAUCGGCACUCAUUAUUUCCGUGGCCUGAACAACCUGCAGCAGCCGUGGAGCAGCCUGUCUGCGCGCAGGAAGCUGAACCUGAGGCCCCUGAACCCCACAGAGGAGGGUCUGGCCAGCCUGCACAGCGUCCUCUUCAGGAAGGACCCCACCCUGUGGAGAGCCGCCCUGCUCUACUUCACCGUGUACCAGGCCAGCAGCAUGUCCUUCUGCCAGCUCUUCCACAGCCUGGGGCGCUUCCUGCAGGACCCCAACACCCGCUGGGACUACUGCGUGAGGGCCAAGAGGGGCCAGACCGACACCAAACAGCCAGGCUGCUUCAGUAAGGACCAGGUGUAUCUGGACGGGAUCCUGAAGAUCCUGAGGUUCAGAGACAAGAUCGACUUCCCCCUGCUGAUGGCCCUGGGGAAGGUGUCGUUCGAGGACGUGGAGCGCCUGAAGGCCUCGGCUCAGAUGGAGAACGUACGGAUCCCUCACUUCAUGCAGGACCAGAGCAGGUACUGCGAGCAGCUGCUGAAGAUCAUGGAGGCCAACGAGCUGACGGACCAGGACCUCCGGACCAUCGUUUGACACCCCCCCCCCCCCCCACACACACACAUACCUGAUUAAAACCCAACACUCACUGCCAUUACCCAGCAUGCUGCACUGCAUGUGGAGUUGUGUUCGAGGUUAGAUUCAUCUGAUUCAUUAGGACAGUUUGCAGUUCUACAAAGUGCCACAACAUGGAUCUCUUCAGGGCUGAAAUUAAAUGAAAUUGUGUUGCUAAAACAUUUACAGCAGCGGUGCCAACUUCUUUAUUUCAGUCUCCACACUCUAGCCAACAUGUACAUGUUAUUACCUUAAUAGGGUUAAGUGUUGACGGACAUUUAGGCGUCCCUAUGGGGCGGAUAAGAGUCCACUAAGACUCCACUGGCCCAAAUAAACCCCCCUAACACACCUUUCAAACAGGCACACCCAGAGGAUUUAUUUUAAGCAAACGUUCAAAAUAUAUACAUAUGAUUCCUGUUGAGGCAGAACACCAGCAGCCCUGUGUUCAUAGCAGGAUCAUAUAUAUAUAUAUAUAAAUAUAGAUACAUAGACCAAUCUACUACAAAACAGGUACAGAAACUGAAGAUACUUCACAGAAGUCCGCACUUCUUCACCUAUUCAUGUUAUAAUGAAUGAGGGCCUGAGAGAGACUGGAUUUAUUGAAUUGAUUUUGGAGAAUGCACCACAUUUCCCUUUGAUAAGGAUCCCCUAACCUGUGUUAUUAAAGAGUGGAAUAAUAUAUCGGAUGAAGAUAAGCGGCACAUUUAUCUUAAGAUCGAACCAAAGUUAUAAAUUUGGGGAUUUCUGAGAAUUCAGAAUCCUUUUUUCCUCUGAAUUCGGACUUUAAUCUCAUCUAAUACAUAUUAUGAACUGAGCCAGUGAUCUGAUGCCUAACGGAGAUUUCAACCACUUCACGAUGCUUACUCUCUGUGUGCAUGAGUAUUGUUUUUAGCCGUUCUAUAUUUAGGAUUCUUUGUCUCUCUGAUGAUCCAAGUGUACUUACCUGCUGUCUGAUCCCGUCUCUUCGGUGGAGGUGAACACGUUCCUGCACUCUGUUCCCUGUAGAGACUAUUUUUGUAGAAGAGAUGUGAGGAAUUAUAAAGAGAGAGAUGUGACACACACUAACUCCAGCUGCACCGUCACAGAAAACUCCCUGAAGUGUGAAAGUCUUUUAUUUUGAAGGUGAGUUCCUGCGCUGCAGUCCUUACAUCUCUGCACUGAUAUCAUGUUGGUUCACUCAUGAUUUAGAUUUAUGUAACACAAACAAACGCCUUGUGUUUAGCUGUGACACUUGAAGUAUUGGUGUAUGAAACACAAUGUUUUUUAUUAUUUAAGUGACUCCUUUGUGAUAUUUUUAGGUAGAAUCUCUGAAUA